AUGUCAGGACUCCGGAGACGCAUCUUUGGCACGUCGUCUGCAGACACUCCUUCCCUAACACCCGAACAGUCGCGACCAGGCACGCCGACAUCCGAAGAAGUCCGCGUCGUGUCGGCAAAGAAACUCGAGAAACUCACGGCGCAACACAAGGCCAAGGGCACAAAGAGACGCAAUGCCUGGGUCUUUGGGUUGGGAGGCCUGUUUGGCAUUCUCAUUGCCGGCUUCUUCGCGUCUAGCAAUGAGGUCUUCGAUAUGCAGGCCUUGAGAGACAUGAAUCUCGAUUCUAUCCUUGAUGUGCUGCCUGCUGGUUUGAUCAAAGAUGCCCAUGAACUUCAGAAACAUCAACGAGACGCCAUUGCAUAUGAUUCCUUUGCUGUCGGUCUACACGCUCAAUCUCAAGGUAUAACAGCCAAACACCCCGUUAUCAUGAUUCCCGGUGUCAUCUCGACCGGUCUUGAGAGUUGGAGUACGGAAGAGGACUCGCGACAAUAUUUCAGAAAGAGACUAUGGGGCAGUUGGAGUAUGAUGCGCGCUCUAGUUCUGGACAAGGCUGGUUGGAAGAGACACAUCAUGUUGGACAAGAAGACUGGUCUGGACCCGCCAGGAGUCAAGCUGAGGGCUGCCCAAGGCUUUGAUGCUACCGACUUCUUCAUCACUGGAUACUGGAUCUGGAACAAGAUUUUGGAAAACCUCGCUACUAUUGGAUACGACCCCACGAAUGCUUUCACCGCCGCCUACGACUGGAGAAUGAGCUAUAUGAACUACGAGAUCCGCGACCAAUACUUUACUCGUCUGAAGAAUCACAUCGAAACGGCUAAGCAUAUAUCUGACAGAAAGGUUGUUCUCCUGAGUCACAGCAUGGGCUCUCAAGUCUUGUACUACUUUUUCCACUGGGUCGAGACCGAAGGUUAUGGCAACGGUGGUGAAACAUGGGUGGACGACCAUAUCGACUCGUGGAUCAACAUCUCUGGAUGUAUGCUCGGAACACCAAAGGGCCUGCCUGCAGUGCUGUCCGGCGAGAUGAAGGAUACUGCACAACUCAACGCCUUUGCAGUCUAUGGCCUGGACAAGUUUUUGAGCCGCAACGAAAGAGCAGAAAUGUUCCGCGCCAUGCCCGGUAUCUCUAGCAUGCUGCCCAUUGGCGGUGACGCAGUCUGGGGAGACGAACAUGGCGCUCCUGACGACCGUCCCGACCAAAACGUCACCUAUGGCAAAUUCCUCAGCUUCCGCCAUCUGAAUUCUACACAGUUACCGAAAAAGAACCUUACCGUUGAGCAGUCUCGCGCUUACCUCUUCAACACCACGGAAGAUUGGUACUCGGAGGCCGUACUCAACUCCUACUCCUUCGGCAUUGCUCACACCAAAAAAGAAGUAGAAGAGAACCAGAAGAUUCCUCGCAAAUGGUCUAACCCACUGGAAACCCGUCUCCCCAAAGCACCAAAUAUGAAGAUCUUCUGCUUCUAUGGUAUUGGCAAGGAGACUGAGCGCGCAUACUAUUACCGCGAAGACAACGAGCCCGGCAGCAACAACGAUGUCAUGAUCGAUACCGCAGCCACAUUCCUGAACCCAGAUGAGGAUCACGUAGCCGACAGAGGCGUGGUCAUGGGAGAAGGCGAUGGUACCGUCAAUCUGCUGAGUACAGGAUAUAUGUGUAACAAGGGUUGGAGAAUGAGGAGGUACAACCCUUCAGGGAUCAAGAUUACGACCUUUGAGAUGCCUCAUGAGCCUGAUCGAUUCUCGCCUCGUGGUGGACCUAACACUGGUGACCAUGUUGAUAUUCUUGGUCGUGCAUCUCUCAAUGACUUGAUCUUGAGAAUUGCAGGUGGCAAGGGUCAUGAGAUCAACGAGACCAUCUACAGCAACAUUACACAAUAUGCUGAGAAGGUCAAGAUUUGGGAUGACUGA